AUGCGUGUAGCGGUGAUGUGCGACAUGCGUGUAGUGGUGAUGUGUGACAUGCGUGUAGCGGUGAUGUGUGACAUGCGUGUAGUGGUGAUGUGCGACAUGCGUGUAGCGGUGAUGUGUGACAUGCGUGUAGUGGUCAGCCGGCUGCGCUUACCAUCACCGCUGGCUGGACCCGGGUUCGAUCCCCUUGCUCACGGACAAUAUCGGUGACGAAUUUUUGGGCCUCCCCAAGGUCGACUCAGACUUAAAUGAGUACCUGGCGUGGUGUGUAAAUCAUCGCCAAUGGGGAGACAAAAGCGGUCGGGCGUGGUUCUGACACCUCCCCAUUUCGUGUGCCGUGCCGACCUUCAUAGGUGCUCGCAAACAACACUUGCCCCAACAGUCCGUCAAAGGCUAUACGGGAGUUAAUCUGUCGCUCGUUGUGGUUGGUGAGAGCGAUGGGCGCAGCGUUGGCCACCCACCCGGGUCAUGGGUGGAUAAAAACCCGAUUUUUCCAGCGACAGGCAUCGGGUUUUUUCCUUAAUACAAUUAAACCCGAUUUCGGGUCGUCGUAGAAUGCGGCGGGCAGGUUGGUCUCGAUGAACACGAGCUUCUCCUCCACAAUCGUGGGCGCCAGUGAGUUCCUUCGCUUGGAAUGGAUGAAGCCCAUCGUUGAGAAGUUGGCGAAGUGCGGUUCUGCAAUUAGAACCAAUCAAACCGGAUUUCUCCCAAUCUCAGAUGAUCGGGUUUAAUAUAAAAAGACAAUUAAACCCGAUUGUAAAAAACCCGACUGUGCCACCCUUGACCCGGGUUCGAUUCCCGACCACGGCGAACACCAAAUAGUCACAAGGGCCACUCCGGCGAUGCGCUCUGCCGGCAUCUGUGUCUCUCUCUAUCUCUCUCUAACAACAUCCUGCUCAAAGAUAAACGUGGGGUGUCACGUAAACAGAACGUGGCCAGUUCGUCACGAGUACAGCACUCACCGGUUGUGUGUUGGAGAGCCAAGCCAACACACAACCGGUUAGUGCUGUACUAGUGACGAUUUGGCCACGUUCUGUUUUACGUGACAACCCUUACGAGUUGGCUGUGUCGGGUGGUGGCGGGUUUUAACGACACCUGAGGAUGGCUGCUUGUGUUGUGGCCGAAAUAUCGUGAGAAUUAUUUUAUUAUGUUAUAUUUUUAUUAUUUUAUUAUUUCCCUUCUACGUGACUUUACCGAAAGAUCCAAGAAUAAGUGCCGUAUUGUAAAAAAAAAAUCCUCGACUAAAGAAUGUGCACUUUCUAAAAGAUUAUAACGUCCUCCAAUAGAUUUCGCGAGUACUUUUUGUCUAUAAUAGAGGUUUGUUUUGGGGGUCAGAUCGCGUCAAAUAAAAAUGCGUCGUUAAACUCACCACCCCCGCACAGAGCCAAUUCGUUACAUGUUUUGUUUAUGUGACAAACCUUACUCAUUGGCUGUGUCGGGUGGUGACGGGUUUAACGACGCAAUUAUAUUUACGCGAUCUAACCGCCCCAAAAAACCCUCUAUUAUGAAUAAUAUUGGUCGUGAAACCCUAUGACGUGUUCAACUAACGUGGGACGUUUCGAAUGUUGUGUGCGUGUUCAGACCGUCCGUGCGAUCCAAACCCGGCUUUUGCCACGAGUUCGACUCCCAGCCACGGUGACCACGCAGUAAGCCCAGUGGUGUAGGCUACACGGGGAGAUCUUUCUCUUUGGUUUUCUUUGCGAACAGGUCUUAGCUAAUCCGCUUCAGGAUGAAGACCUCCCCACGCAGUGUGCGUCAUGGGGGGUUAUGUGACCAUACUUCACCCCGCUGGUCAGUGCGGGUUGGUGAAGGAGGUGGGAGGGGAGAGACGCGUCAACGGUGCACAUAUAUUACUCGCCGCUGUUGAUAGCCGUGGUUGGGAAAUCGAGCACAAAGUGCGCUAACCACCAAUCAUACUUCAUCACGGGGUCAAACAAGCCCAUUGCAAGACCCUCCUUAACAUUUGUCUUGAGACUCUUUCCUGGACAAAUGCCAUUGAAUCAUCUGCCAUCUAUGAUCAUGAUUAUUACAGCUGGAGAACGAUGUCUCCAUCGCCCCGUGGAGGUUGCGUUUGUGCGGCUUCGCUGUACACGCGACUACCCAACUUCUACUCAAAGUUACCUCCUCGACGCGGAGGCACGGGUUCGAUCCCUGCUGUCACGAUGGGCGUUGUCACGUCCAAGGGCGCGGUGAACAAGGCGCAGCCGCGGGUGCUGCUCCUGGGUCUGGACGGCGCCGGCAAGUCGUCGAUGCUCUACCGCCUCAAGCUGGGCGAGGAGGUCACCACGAGCCCCACCAUCGGCUUCAACGUCGAGUCGGUGAUGCAGAGCGGCCGCAGUCCGGGCCUCUCCAUGUGGGACGUGGGCGGACAGGACCUGCUGAGAAACAUGUGGUCGCACUACUACCCGGGCACGGACGGCCUCCUGUUCGUGGUGGACAGCGCGGACGUGGAGCGAAUCCCCUUCGCCAAGGAGGCCCUGGUGGUGGCUCUGAGCGAUAGCAACCUGGAUGGGGCUCCCCUGGUGGUAAUGGCCAACAAGCAGGACCUGCCGGGGGCCUUGGGGGCCGAUGAGGUGGGCGAAGCGCUGGGCCUGGCCGCGUCGUGCAAGGGCCGCGACUGGGUGGUGAAGGAGUGCAGCGUGCCGACGGGACAUGGCCUCAGGGACGGCGUGCAGGCCCUUGCGGCCUUCAUCAAGAAGCGGUUCAAAGCGCAGCAUCUGCAGAAGCAGCAGAAGCAGAAGCAGCAGUCGCCGGGCAGAAAUGAGAAGAGCGUGGACGGAGUUUGAUCUCAAGGCCUGGUCGCUUCCCAGCAGGGGUUCAUUUCUCAUGGGAUAUUUUGUGUUUCCUGGAGGAGGUAGAGGGGGAAGAAGGGGGGUGGGGGUAUUUUCCGGAGCUAUGUCCCGGGCAGCUCCAGCGAUGUUUACUGACAAUGGGGACGUGGAGUUGGGGGUGGGCAGUGGAGGAGCCUCCACCACAAGCGUGAUUGUUUGUUGUUGUUGUUGUCUGUGUAUCCCACGCACAGUAGAGGGUGGUGUCCAUACAGAUAUCAUCCUUUAUUCAUCAUCAUCCUCAUCAGCAGCAGCAGCAAUCAUGAUCAGUCCACUUGCUGGACGAAGGACACUCCUCACGCCGUGGUGACGCACCGCAUCUUCACGUCGUCAUCAGCGAUGUCCUUCAGCGCAGAACCUCCUUCGUCCCCUGAGACCGCGUCCCCAAUUCCGCAUCUUGGGUCUAUCCGCGGACGUCUUGCGGACGAGACGUCUCAACCUCCUCGUCCUGCUCUAGAACGCCGUGGGACGUUCUGGGCGCGCGUCCUGCUGAACGCAGCAAGUUUCGAAAAAGGGUCUCCCGAACACGCCAUCGCCAUUGCAACACGUGUCAAAGUUCCGUUCGAUGAGAUUGCGUGUGCACGUGUGUGUGGCGCGCGUCUCAAAUCAAGCGAAGUUUGAUCUUGCAAAGAGCUUUGGUGGGGGGGGGGGGGGGAGACGGUUGGAAGGAAUUCCGAGGAGUUUCGUUGUUAAAAAUAAUGAUAACGUGGCGUUAAAUUUCGAUUUAAAGCUUUCGUGACUGCAGGGAUUCAUCUUCUUGGUUCUUUUGGUAAAGUCACGUGGA